AUGGGAGCUGGUGGCAGUAAAAAAAUAAUUCCAAGCGGUCUCAAGCAUUGUACUUUAUGGAAAGCGGACCGCAGCCCUCCAUGCCGCGCCGUCAUGAUGACCCUCGACGCUAUGAACCUGAGUAUCACCGAAGUCGAUGUAAACAUGGACAAGGGAGAGCAUAGAUCUCCCGAGCUGACGAUACUCAAUCCGCUUCAAACUUUGCCCGUAUUCAAAGAUCGCGAGCUAGUAUUAAAUGACAGUCACGCCAUCUCCAUAUAUCUGGCCAAACGAUAUCACAAUACUGGUCGGCUCCUGCCCAAAGAUCCUGGAGGGAAUUCUCUUAUAGAACAACUGUUACACUUCGACAGUGGAAUUCUGUAUCCUCGAUACCGAGCAGCCGCGAAUCCGGUAUUAUACGAGAACUGUAACUUCGUGAUGCCGCAACACGUGUCUGACAUUGAAAGCGCUUAUUGUGACCUGGAACACAUGCUGGUGGGCAAAACAUGGUUGGGGGGCAACUGGCCAACACUCGGGGACAUUAGUAUCGUCGCCACUGUCAGUACCCUAAAUGUCCUUGUGCCCAUAGACCAAAACCGAUACCCGCGGUUGACGAGCUGGCUUCACCGCAUGUCUGAGGAGAUAUAUUAUAUUACUGCGAACAAAACGGGGCUUGGUGAAUUUUCUAGAAGAAUAGGCGAGUUAUCAGAAGUUAACUAA